AUGGAUUCGCGCAGAGCUGCGAUUCCCGGACUCAGUUGCGCAGGCUGCAGCCGUGCCCAUUUCCCCCUCGAGGAAAGUGAAGGGCAGCCGGCCGGAGAAGGCUUGGUGAGCACGAAUCUUCUCCGUUUGUCUCUUUGGAUUGCAGAUUCCAGGGGGUGCUCUUGCGGGCUUUGCGCUCCCUGGACUUGAAUGCAUGCGCAAGUAGAAGCUUCCUACUGUGGCAGUUGCAAAUGAUGCUCUUGCGGGCUUUGCGCUCCCUGGACUUGAAUGCAUGCGCAAGUAGAAGCUUCCUACUGUGGCAGUUGCAAAUGAUGCUCUUGCGGGCUUUGCUCUCCCUGGACUUGAAUGCAUGCGCAAGUAGAAGCUUCCUACUGUGGCAGUUGCAAAUGAUGCUCUUGCGGGCUUUGCGCUCCCUGGACUUGAAUGCAUGCGCAAGUAGAAGCUUCCUACUGUGGCAGUUGCAAAUGAUGCUCUUGCGGGCUUUGCGUGUCCUGGACUUUAAUGCAUGCGCAAGUAGAAGCUUCCUACUGUGGCAGUUGCAAAUGAUGCUCUUGCGGGCUUUGCUCUCCCUGGACUUGAAUGCAUGCGCAAGUAGAAGCUUCCUACUGUGGCAGUUGCAAAUGAUGCUCUUGCGGGCUUUGCGCUCCCUGGACUUGAAUGCAUGCGCAAGUAGAAGCUUCCUACCGUGGCAGUUGCAAAUGAUGCUCUUGCGGGCCAUGCGCUCCCUAGGCUUGCUUGCUGACUUCAAUGCACGCGUGAGUAGAGGUUUCCUACCAUGGUACAGUGGUACCGCUGGUUGCAAAUGGAGGCCCGUUCACAACAUGAGCAGAACGCAGCCCGCGUCUGCAUGUGUCGCGAUUCGCUGCUUCAGCACAUGCGCGUGAUGUCAUUUUGUGUGUCUGCACAUGCGCGAGCGGCGAAACCCGGAAGUAACCCUUUCCGGUACUUCCGGGUCGCCGCAGGAUGCAACCUGAAAACGCUCAACCUGAAGCAAACGCAACAUGAGGUAUGACUGUACUGUAGUUAGAAAUGAUGCUCUUGUGGGCUUUGCGCUCCCUAGACUUGAAUGCAUGCGCAAGUAGAAGCUUCCUACCGUGGCAGUUACAAAUGAUGCUCUUGCAGGGUUUGCGCUCCCUAAACCUGAAAGCAUGCGCAAGUAGAAGCUUCCUACCGUGGCAGUUGCAAAUGAUGCUCUUGCGGGCUUUGCGCUCCCUAAACCUGAAUGCAUGCGCAAGUAGAAGCUUCCUACCGUGGCAGUUACAAAUGAGGCUAGGGCUCAGAUGGAGAAAGUGAGGCAACAGCUGCUGGCUCCAGAAUUGGGUUGUGUGCGAGCGAGAUGGUGGUUCAGCAAGGCAAGUUGAUGGGUCCCGAACCUCAAAUGAAGUUGGUUUGAAACCAAGAGCUCUGUCUCGUUGCUCUUUCUACAGCAGUGGCCCUCAAAGGGUGCGGUGUGCCACAUUGGUGUGGCAGGAGGACGGGAUGGCAAAAGUAGAGCAUCCAUACUGUGUAGCACCAUCCUCUUGCAUUUUUCAUUGCAGGGGUGGUUUCUUGGAAGAACUCUCGUUCUUUCCCUCCCGGUUUGCUGUGAUUAGUGUCCCUGAGCCAAUCCGGGGGCAGCUAUGAAGUGUUUCAGAACGCCCCCCAGCCAAUCACGUCAUUUGUUUGUGCGGUGCAGAAACCAUGGUUUGUAGCGAUGCGUGAACAUGGCCAUAGGUUCUCUGCUUUGAAAAUGAGGAUAGCGAUUGACUGUAGCUACACGCAGCUUGCAUUGGCUUCUGACACAUUCUCCGUUAAACUGUGUUGCCCUGUUCUAAAUCCAAAUUGUGCAUAAUAGGCAGUGGGACGGUGCAGAAGUAAUAAGAAAACCGUUCUUUUCCAUGCCUUUGAAAAGAGCGGCAUGAACGUGCCUGUUGCCAUGGGUACAGUGCUCCUUUUUCAUGCUUGCCUGCUUGUCGCCGCUGCAACAACCCAGUAGAGCAGCAAGCGGGAAAAGAAGCUCUUAAUUCCAUGGCCCCCUCCUUUGCAAACCUUUUUCCAAGCUGGAGUAUAUUUCAGAUGUUUAAAGCAUGCUGUGGACAUUGUUGAGAUAGCUUUGUUGGAGAUGGCUGUGGAAGUUGAUAACUGGGAGGGGUGCAGCUGAAAAUGUGACCCUGCAGCUCUGUUUUGCCCCCUCCCUCAGUGCUGUAGCAUCAAAACAGCAAGUUUUGUAGUACCGUUUUAUUUCCCGGCCAGAUUAUCCAUGGAUUGAGGAAAUCCAAAUAUAGCAGGUGGAAAGUGUGGAUUGCCGCUUGGAUGAGGAGGAUGUUUUGUAGAUGUGACAAAAAAAGAAACACAAGAUGUUUCAAAUCCACAUUAAACUCCAGUGCUGAUGAGACCUUACGAAGGGGUGAGUUGCUUUUUGGGGGGUUAAUUGUGCCCAAAAGCACCACUCCUGAGAAACAAGAAAAGUAACUCAGCAAGACCCCAAAUUAUUCUUCCUCCUACUUACUGUGUUAUGAUUUUGCUGUGAGACAUUGUCCGAAUCAGAGAGUUCUGACUAGAGAAAGAGAGAGAUCUCUCUCUCUAGUAGAGAGAUCUGCACUAUCUGUUAUUUCUAUGUGAUGGAACAUGGAAAAUUAUUCUGUGAAUUCCUUACAUCUGGAAAGCCAACAGUUGUACUAAGCUCACCGUGACAGCUACUAGUUAUGAUAUAGCAAGGCCUUCUCUAUACCAUGAUUUUGCCAAAAUUAAGGGGGGGAACCAAAUUUUUGCUAUUGGUCUGAAUAUCUUUUCUUCCAAAGACUCUCUUUGCUUUUUUUAAAAAGGAAGUUUCUGGAUAGAGUUCAUACUGUGUGCGAAUCACUUUGUGAAAUCUCAGGAAUCAAGUGUGGGUCUGAAUGAGGUGCAAAACAAUCAGGAUUUGUGUGUGUUGUGAUUCUGCAGGCGUGCAGUAAAAACCCUGCAGCGUGGUUCUACUUGGAAUUAAGGCCCAUUGAAUUCAAUAAGACUUGCUCCAAGGUAAAUGCAUUUAAGAUUCCAGCCAUGAAAUGUGGCAUGGGAUGCAGAAUGGGCCUUGCUGAGGUUCUCUGCUUUCAUUUGAAAAACAAGGAAGUUUAUUUCCGCCGCUAAUAGAUAUACGCUUCAAAGAAUGGCUGCUUAAAAACCAGAGUGCUGGCUGAAUAAAUGACCAGGUGGCUAUGAGCAGGUCUCCAGUGCCCUGCAAAACUCCUUGCACUUUCAUAUGACUGAGCAAAACCAGAAUAUAUUAGGCAAAAUAAUAAAACUGAAGACUAAAUUAUGUUAAAUUGCUGUUUGCUCUAUUUACAUAUUGCAUGUAGACUGUAAGAUUCUGCUUUUCUUGACAGAAAAUCUGGAUUAUGAUUUGGGUAUGUAGUAAAUAUGACCCUGGGAGUGACUACAGAGUGGGCCUUUAAUUAUCACUGUGCUUCUUUUCUGUCCCCAUGGUUGGAGAGAACAGAAUAAAUGGUGUAAAAUUGACGAAAUACAUAAAUUUGCACAAUUUAGGCAGGAUUUAUUUUGUGCAGAAUUUUGGUUAUCUUGAAUAAUUAUGGAUAUUUGAGUACAGAGUAUGAAACCCUCUAUCUGGGUCCCUCUUAGGUUGGCCAGAUGCAAAAGAGAACAGAGGUAUUGCACCUUUGAUAAUUCCCAAUUCUAGACAACUAUUAAAGGUGCAGGGCCCCUGUCCUCUUUUAGCCAACCCUGCCCCCUGGUAAGGCCCUUCAGACAAUGUUCUCUUGCCCAGCAAACAUAUUGAAACAUCUGUUAUUGUUUCCCCCACCAAAAAGGUACCUCACCACCUGGAAGUGGGAGCAUGGAAGGGAAUUUUGCUACUGAAAAGAGAAGGACGCUGA